GCAUGAAGAAAUCAGCUGGUUUUGACAUUUGAUCAUUGCUUCGCAUUGAGGAAAAGAUGGCUAAGUAUUUGGGAUUAGACCGUCUUGGUAAAAUUUUUCAAAUAAUCCGCCAAUCGGGUGGUAUAAAGAAUGCCUACAUGAAGAUGUACAGGUUUGACGAUCUGAAAAUUGGCACACUUGUAGGCACAGACAAAUAUGGUAAUAGGUACUUCGAAAAUCCAUAUUACUUUUACGGUCGCAAUCGCUGGGUGGAAUAUGCCGACCACUUAAAUUUGGAAUAUGACGGUUCACAAAUACCCGCUGAUUGGUAUGGUUGGAUGCAUUACAAGACCGACUUACCGCCAACACGCGAUGGUAGCCGUCCCAAAUACAAGUGGAUGGCUGAUCACAGUGAAAAUUUGUCUGGCACCAAAGAACAAUAUAUGCCGUAUUCAACCACAACACCAAAAGUACAGGCGUGGGAUCCGAAAAAAUCUAAAUGAGUUAUUUUCUCGCAAAUAAUUUCAUAAAUAAAUAGUGAAUUAAAAAAGAAACGAACCGAAUUAAUUACUAUCAAUUGAUAAAAAAAAAUUGUCAACAAUACAAAAAAUACAUAUACGAAAGAGUUAUUAAUCGUA